CAACACCCCAUACCGCGAAAAUGGAGAGUCCACACGAACAGCAGCAAGCGCUGCUUCUUUCGCGAAUUAUCAACAAUAUCGAGAAACUCAAUGAGUCCGUAAUGGUCAUGAACAAAAGCCUCCAGGAGGUUAAUGUUCAGAACAUGAAUGUCGAGCUGGUGGCGCAGAUGUUCAAGAACUACCAGUCCAAUGUUCUGUUCCACCUGGAAGCAACGGAGAGUCUGAAGGACCCGUCAUAAAGGUUGGAGGUGGGGAUCUAACUUGAGGACAUUUUAUCCUUUCAAGGUAACGAGGACAUGAAUAAUUCUGGGAUUUGGUGUUGCACCGGGCAAGGUCACAAAGAAUGAAUAUCAAUUGACAUUAAAGUGCUUCGAUAAUAGUCAACAACAAAUCGACCACCAAUUUGUCUAUCA